AACUUGACGUUUGUUUUUUUAUUUUUUAAAAAUUUCUGCUCAGCAAUGAUGAAAAUGAGAAAGAAUGAUUUGAACUUGAAACUAAUAUAGCGUUUAAUUUUCUGUCUGUGGUCGGUUGUUUUUUUUCUCUCUCGAUAUAUCAUAUAUAUUGGCAUGAAGCAUAGGAUUUUCUUAUCAUUUCAAUUCACCACAACUUGUCAACUUCAUUUAAUUUCAAUAUUUAUGUUUUUUUUUUAAUUUCAUUCGAGUAACAAUUCAAUAAUAAUAUCAUCAUCAUCAAUAUAUAAUUACCAAAAUGGCAACAUAUAUACCAUCAUCAAUCAAUCGAACACCGGCUAGAUUAAAUCGUACAAUAAUGAAAAAUGCAACACCGAAUCCAUCACGUUCGUUGGUGAAAUUUAAUCGAACAACAAUAGCAACACCUUCAUUAUCACGUGAUGAAUCGCAAACAUUGUUGAAUUUUUCGCUUGAAGAUGCAUUCGAUUAUAUUGAAUCUUUUAUAGUUGAUGCUGGAAUCGAUUUUAAUGUUUUUCAAUUUAGUCAGCGUCCAAUAUUUGCGUCAUUUGUUCGAUUAGUUGCAGCAUGUUUUGUUUCUAUCGGUGACAAAUCAAUGAAUUUUGAUCAACGAACUAAAAUGGAAGAGGUUUGGAAAAAAUUGAAUUCACAAUUUGAAAAUUUAUCGCUAAACAUUCGAAUUCAUCGUAAUGAUUUGAAAUUAAUGUGCCAAAAUGAAAUAUCUACAAAUAAAGUGAUUAAAGCAUUUGCAUAUCUUCUCAAAAAUCGUUUGAGUUUAAUAUUGAAUUCAUUAAAAGAAUUGAAACCAUUACGUCAAAACGACAUCAUUGAUACAAAGAUUGAUCCUGAUUUUACUAUGGAAUUUCCCGAAUUAGAAUUACUGAAACUAUCAAAUCGAACUAAUAUUGACUUUAAGUCGCUCACGUUAAUUGAUGAAAACAUUAUUAAAGAUUUACAAACAAUUGAUAAUGAAAUGAAAAAUAUUGAUCAAUCUACGCAUAAAUUUGAAUCUGAUAUUAUUAAAAUGAACGAUGAAAUCAAAUUACUUGAAGAUGAAUUAAAAGAACUUGAUGAACGGAAAAUUAUUGAAGAAAAAUUGACUGAAUUGAUCCAAAAACAUAGUAAAGAUUUAAAAAAUUUAAAAAUCAACUUUCAUACUUUACCAUUGAUGAAAAAUUUGGAAAUUCUUCAGAAAAAACGUAAUGAAUUUUCAACAAAUAAUGAUUCGAAUGAUCGAUUUGAUGAUCUUAUAAGAUUUAUCGAACAAUUUGAGAAUGAUGCAAUGGCCAAUAUUGAUGAAAAUAUGGAACCAAUCACCAAUAUCAUUGAACAACUCGAUAAAUCAAUUAAUGAAAAAAUGAAUAUGGAAUCAGCAAAACAUCAAUCGAUUGAAAAAGAAUCACAGCAAAAUAAUUCAAAUAAAACUGAUGAAAUUGGUGAAAUUAAUGAAAAUCAAGUUGUUGAUGAUCAACGGAAAAAGACCCGAUCAAAGGCACAGGAAACAAAAACAAAACGACCAAGGCAAAAGGACCAGAAGAAAAAAGAUGAAAAUCAAGUUAUUGAAGAACCAAGAAUGACUCGAUCGAGAGCACGACAAAUCAUGACAGAACAAUCACCAAAACAACCAAAACGGAUGCCAUCGAAACGAGGAAAAAAGAAUUAAUCUAUUUUUUAUUUUAUUUUCAACUUUGUUUUACUAGCUCAUCAAUGUUAUCGAUUUUAUUGUUUGAAAAUCUUGAUUGAAAAUUUUAAAUUUGUUGGUUUUUUUCAAUUUUCAUUUCAUAAAUUAUU